GCUGUUUAAGUCAAGCGGAGAACUGUCCACUUAAAAUUGGAUUGACUGCUCAAUAAGCGUUAUAACUAAUAUUUGGAAUAUGUCACCACAAAUGAAGUUUGUCUGCACGUGUGACUGGUGUGCUCGAUUGAUUGGAUUGGUUUUUUUUCUAGCAUUAUUGAUAUUAAUAUAACGGUGGCACGGUUCAGUCGUAAAUCUCUUUUCCACGUUAUCAAAUGAUUUAGUGUGAACAUCACAAUGUCGGGUAUGAAAUACAUUUUAGUUACCGGAGGAGUGAUAAGUGGUGUAGGAAAAGGUGUCAUCGCAAGUUCUUUCGGUACUAUUUUAAAAAGCUGCGGCAUCGACGUGACUUCUAUUAAGAUCGAUCCGUAUAUUAACAUCGACGCAGGCACUUUCUCCCCAUACGAGCAUGGUGAAGUUUACGUAUUGGACGACGGCGGGGAAGUGGACCUUGAUCUUGGCAACUAUGAGCGCUUCUUGGACAUCACCUUGCAUCGGGACAAUAACAUAACAACAGGGAAGAUAUAUCAGCAGGUGAUCGAGCGCGAACGCCGCGGCGACUACCUCGGGAAAACAGUUCAGGUUAUCCCCCAUAUAACCGACGCCAUACAAGAAUGGGUGCAACGUGUUGCCCACAUCCCAGUCACCGCAGAGAACACUCCUCCACGAGUCUGCAUAGUGGAACUCGGUGGAACUAUCGGUGACAUAGAGGGCAUGUCAUUUGUGGAGGCUUUUAGGCAGUUUCAAUUCCGAGUGAAGAAAGAAAACUUCUGCUGUGCUCAUGUAUCUCUAGUACCAAUGACACGGCCAUUUGCUGCUUUUGGACAACAACCAAAAUCAACAGGAGAGCCGAAGACGAAGCCAACACAGUCAUCAGUGCGAGAACUGCGUGGCCUGGGGCUGUCGCCCGACCUGAUACUGUGUCGCUCCGAGAAGCCCAUUAACCACACCGUGAAGGAGAAGAUAUCUAACUUCUGCCACGUGGCUCCAGACCAGGUAAUCUGCAUCCACGACUUGACCUCAGUAUACCACGUGCCGCUCCUGAUGGAAGCGCAAGGUGUCGUCACAUACCUGAACGAGCGCCUGCAGCUCAACAUCUCCAUGCCCAGGCCUGGCAGAUUCAUGCAAAAGUGGCGCAAUCUAGCCAAACGUGUAGACAACUUACGGAAAGAAGUCAACAUCGCCCUAGUGGGCAAAUAUACUAAGUUAGAAGACAGCUACGCAAGUGUAACUAAAGCCUUACAACAUGCCUGUAUCGCUGCUAGCAGCAAACUAAAUCUGACGUAUAUUGAAGCUGUGUCUUUGGAGCGGCAGACUAAGAUUGACGACCCGGUCAGCUAUCAUAAGGCAUGGCAGGACCUGUGCAAAAGCGAUGGCGUCAUAGUCCCCGGUGGAUUCGGUCAAAGAGGCAUGGAAGGCAAGAUUGAGGCCUGCCAAUGGUGCCGCGAAACACAAAAACCAUUCCUAGGCAUAUGUCUCGGGCUCCAAGCGUCCGUCAUCGAGUUCGCCAGAAACGUCCUCGGUCUGAAGGGGGCUAAUAGUACAGAAGUCAAUCCUCAGUGUGAAGAUAAGCUGGUGAUAGAUAUGCCGGAACAUCAUCCGGGGAAUAUGGGAGGCACUAUGAGAUUGGGGAAGAGGAAGACUUAUUUGGAGCCUAGUCUAAUAACUCAACUAUACAAACGCGACGUGAUCGAGGAGCGGCACCGGCACCGCUACGAGGUGAACCCCGAGUACAUCGAGCGGCUGGAGGCGGGCGGGCUGCGCUUCGUGGGCAAGGACGAGACCAAGACGCGCAUGGAGGUGGCCACGGUGGAGGCGCACCCCUACUACGUGGCCGUGCAGUUCCACCCCGAGUACCUGUCGCGCCCGCUGUCGCCCAGCCCGCCCUUCCUGGGGUGAGGACACACACAUACCCAGUACAGUCAACUGCAUGGAGGUGGCCAC